GCAAUGCUAAUGAGUGACCCGGCGUCUCGUAGCUGAAGGAAGGGCGAGGGAGGGCGAGAUGCGCACCUGAUGGGGAGAGGGCCAUUGCUCGCCCGGAGUUAUGACUAGGCUGUAUUUUGACCUAGCGUCGCCGCCUUCAGCAGGGCGUGGGUAUUGAUGAAGGACCUUGUUAUAUGAGCAUCCGUGCUCUAGUUGGUGAAGGCCCAUGGCACGUAUCACGGGCGGGGUGGGCGCGGGCGGGCGUGUUUAUCUGGAGCGCGCCUGGAUCAAUACACCAUUGGUGGCAGGGAGGGUUGAGGCGACCCGUCCUCUCGACCCGCCUUCAUAAUGCUCUUUAUAUUUACAUCCUGCUGUUUCCUACACUGCCUUAGGCCUUCGCUUCGACGUUGUAGCUGCCUGUGCUGUCUCGUCUAGGUCCAUGCCUGACCCGUACCCUCCACCACGCACCUUUUGUCCCUGAAAAUCUGCCUCCCGGGCCGGGCGGGGCGUGAGGUGCUGCUGCCCUGCUGGAGACGUCUCUGCCGCUGCCGCCUCCGCCACCGCCGCCGUAGCCGGUCCAGAAGCCCCCUCGGCGGGCCUUGGUGAUUGGGAAUGCCCCUGUGGAAGGACCGUGAUCAGUGUGUGUUGGGGCAGAGUCCGUGGGAGUCGCUACCUGGGGUCUGGCAGGCGCGUGGAGGAGGGCGAGGAGGGCUGGACCCACUGGCAUGCCUGCUUCAGGAGCCUCCAUUCGCGCGCUGACUCCCACACUUCACCCCCCUCUGUCUCCCCCCCCAGCCCGGACCACACCACAUAGCGUUCUUUCCUACGUUCCUUCCUCACUUGGUUCAUUAAAUGUGUCUUCGUUAACCAGUGACUCGCUUGUGUAUAAACUGUUCGUCUGAGUCUGCCUGCGUUGGCCCCAGACGCAUGAAAAAAAUAGAAAAAUAAGAGAGGUUGUUGCCUUUCGCGUUCACAUCUCGAGUAAAAAAGAAACGCAGAAAAUUUAUAAAAAGUGAAGAAGAAAAGGAAAAGUGAAAGAAAAUCGGUGCAGUCUUAUAUCUCCGACAGCAGUCUUUCUUUGUUGUUGUUGUUGUUGUGUUUUUCUUUAAACUCUUUUUGUUUCGUGUGUCUGUGUUCCCUCCCCCACCCCCCGCUUACGAUCGUGCUAUAGGGAGUGAGGCAAGGGCAAGGCGUGACAGGUGCACCAACACCCAAUUGUAUUAGUGUGCGGAUGUCUGGAGUCAGCUGCUGUACACUCCGCCACACUGCUGCCGCCGCCACCACCACUGCUGCUUCCGCUGUCCCUUCCCUUACUACUCUUCGUUUUCCCUCUACUAAUAUCGCUGCUGCUGCUACUACUACUGCUGCUGCUGCUACUGUUGCUGCUACUACCACUACUGCUACUACUACAACUACUACCACUACUACUGCUGCUGCAACUACUGCCGGUACGGGUGCUGACUGUGCUGAGGAGUCGCUGUCCUCUGUCCAGGCCACUACCCACUCCGAGGCUGCACAAGAAGACAUGAGGUGAUGGCGCGGGUGGCGGGGGUAGUGGCGGUGGUGGUGUCGGUGGUGGUGGUGGUGGUGGUGGCGGGUUUGCUGGCUCCGGUGCGGGGCUCGAACCCUUCCGAGGCCCCAGAUGCAAACCAGUUCAACAUAGGCGGCAUCCUUUCCAACAAUAAGUCACACGACCACUUCAAGCAGACCAUAUCGCAGCAGAUCAACGACAACAGGACCUACGUGGACGCGAACACGACUCUCCAUGAAGUGACAAUGCUCAUGGACUCCAACCCUAUCCGCACCGCCCUCGAGGUGUGCAAGCAGCUCGUCUCCAGAUCGGUGUAUGCGGUAAUAGUGUCCCACCCUCUGAAUGGCGACCUCUCCCCGGCGGCUGUCUCCUACACCAGCGGCUUCUACCACAUCCCCGUCAUCGGCAUCUCCUCGAGGGACUCUGCUUUCUCUGACAAGAAUAUCCACGUCUCCUUCCUCCGCACCGUGCCGCCGUACAGCCAUCAGGCCGACGUGUGGGUGGAGCUGCUCAAGACCUUCCAGUACCAACAGGUGGUCUUCGUACACUCCUCGGACACGGACGGACGUGCGCUCCUCACUCGCUUCCAAAACCAAGCUCAAAGUCACGAAGACGACAAAGAUAUUAAGUUAGAAAACGUGAUAGAGUUCGAGCCCGGACUCAACUCCUUCGUGGACAAACUCAAGGAAAUGAGGGAGGCAUCAGCAAGAGUCAUCCUCCUCUACGCCAACAAAGAGGACGCUGGCACCAUCUUUCACGACGCCAGCUACAUGAACAUGACGGGGCUGGGCUACGUGUGGGUGGUGACGGAGCAAGCCCUCAGCGCCAGCCACGUGCCCCCUGGUGCCAUCGGCCUCAAACUAGUCAACGCUUCCGACGAGGACGCCCACAUCACCGACAGCCUGUACGUGCUGGCGAUGGCCCUGAAGAAGCUGCGGGAGGAAAAGAACUCGACGCAGCCUCCGCCCAAGGACUGUAAUGACACGAGGGGCUCCUGGGAAACUGGCAAGAAACUCUUCCAGUACAUCUUGGAACAGGUGCUCAAGAAUGGCCUCACGGGUAAGGUCGCCUUCGAUGAGAACGGCGACCGAAUCAACGCCGAGUAUGACGUCAUCAACAUCCAGGAGGUGAACAGGACGGGCCUCCUGAGGAAGGAACACAUACGGGUCGGCCAAUACAAAUAUAACAAGCCGCCUCGCAGUGCAGGGAAAGAGGAGGGUGGGAAGACCAUUGGCUCCACCACCCCGCAGUCGCAGACCAAGGAGUCCAUGACGCUGGUGAUCAACGAGAACGCCAUCGUGUGGUGCGGCAACACCACCACCAAGCCUCAGGGCUACAUGAUCCCCACCAGACUGAAGGUGCUGACCAUCGAGGAGAAGCCCUUCGUCACCACACAGAAGAUUGAGAGCAAGGCGGAGUGUCUGGGAGGCGGACGAGUGCUGUGCCCCUGGUUUAACUCGACCAGUGAAGGCACAGACCUGUACUGUUGCACGGGCUACUGCAUCGACCUGCUCAUCACACUGGCCAACAAGAUCAACUUUACCUUCGAGCUCGCUCUCUCCCCAGACGGCGAAUUUGGUUCUCUCCAGAUGAAAGAGAGCAAGAAGGAGUGGACCGGCUUGAUCGGACAGCUGGUGAAUCAGACCCACGGUGCGGACAUGAUAGUGGCGCCGCUCACCAUCAAUCCGGAACGUGCCCAGGUCAUCGAGUUCUCCAAGCCUUUCAAGUACCAAGGCAUCACCAUCUUGGAGAGGAAGCAACCUCGCUACUCCACGCUGGUAUCCUUCCUGCAGCCCUUUCGCAAUACCCUGUGGAUCCUGGUGAUGGUGUCCGUGCACGUGGUGGCUCUGGUGCUCUACCUCCUCGACAGGUUCAGUCCCUUUGGCAGGUACAAGCUGGCCAACACUGACGGCACGGAGGAAGACGCCCUCAACCUGUCCUCGGCAAUAUGGUUUGCCUGGGGAGUUUUGCUCAACAGUGGGAUUGGUGAAGGCACGCCGCGGAGCUUCAGCGCGAGGGUGCUGGGCAUGGUGUGGGCCGGCUUCGCCAUGAUCAUCGUCGCCUCUUACACUGCCAACCUGGCGGCCUUCCUCGUGCUGGACCGACCCCAGACCUCCCUCACCGGUAUCAACGACGCCAGGUUACGAAACCCGAUGGAGAACUUUACCUACGCGACGGUGAAAGGCUCCUCGGUGGACAUGUACUUCAGGCGGCAGGUGGAGCUGAGUAACAUGUACCGCACGAUGGAAGGCAACAACUACCCCACCGCUGAGGCCGCUAUCACUGCCGUCAAGUCCGGGAGACUAAAGGCGUUCAUCUGGGACAGCUCGCGUUUAGAGUACGAGGCGGCGCAGGACUGUGAGCUGGUGACUGCCGGCGAGCUCUUCGGGAGGUCGGGCUACGGCAUCGGCCUCAAGAAGAACUCCCCCUGGGCAGACCGGGUGACGCUGGCCAUCCUGGAAUUCCACGAGAGCGGCUACAUGGAGGAGUUGGACAACAGAUGGAUCCUGCAGAACCAGGAGGACACUUGUAACACAGACGAGAAGGCGCCAGCCACCCUCGGCCUCAAGAACAUGGCUGGCGUGUUCAUCCUGGUGGCGGCCGGCAUCGUUGGCGGUAUCGGACUCAUCAUUAUUGAAAUCAUCUACAAGAAGCAUCAGAUCAAGAAGCAGAAGCGCCUGGAGAUCGCCCGCCACGCCGCCGACAAGUGGAGGGUAGCCAUUGAGAAGAGAAAGACGCUGCGUGCCUCCAUGAUGAUGCAGAGGAGACUGAAGGCCAACGGCGUCAAUGAGCCCUCGGUGAUAUGCGUCAACGUGGAGAGCGGAGCUGGGUCCGGGGCAGGUGCCGGAGCUGGGGACGGGGCUGGGGCUGGGGCUGGGACAACUUCGGGGACAGCAUCAGGGGCAGCGGCGGGGGCACCGGCGGGGGCAGGUGCCAUAGCGGUCAGCUCUGAUGGCGGGGCUGCUGUUAGUGGACCAGCAAGCAUUGGAAUCAUUGACUUGCCACGGAUGCUGCCGCCGCCCCCGCCCGCACCCUCAGCCCCUCCCUUGCCUCCCGGCUUACCGCCAGACGUUCCCCCGGCACCUCCUGCCCCUCGCUGGGGCAACGACAUAAGGCAACGGCACAUUUCCUCAGCUCAGGACGAGGCUUUGCCCCCACCCCCGCCGCCUCCCAAGGGCGUGGACACGAUGCGGCUGCACGCUUCCUACAAGAACCUGUUCGGCCCCGAUCCGCCUGACCUGGUGGCGUGAGCGUCUGCUGCGGCCUCUGUAUCAGAGGCGGCCAGGCUCACAGGGGCGGGGGAUCCUGGCGGGGAGGACCACUCACUCCCCUCUACAUUACGUCCACUCGGCGGCGCCCCGGGCCAUGCCUCCCUCGGGCCCCGGCGCCGGGAGCCACCAAAGGCCCCGGCCAGGCCAGGGGGCACUAACUACGCUUCUCACUCGUCAACAACAUUGUAUAAAUCAUAAACAUUUAUAGCAUGUUAUAAGUGGGUCCCGGAACCUGGACCAGCCCGACUUUGUUUAUUUUGGUAAAACACAUUCAUCCCUUAUGCUCCUCCUGGCUAAUAACCGAACGGUAAAUUUAUGAUUACAACAAUUACUAGGCGGGUGGUAAGGUACUAUGUGGUUGUAUGUGUGUAGAUAUGAUGUAUGUAUGUAAGUGUGUAUGGCGUACGUAUGUAUGCAUAUGUGAUGUAUGUACGUAAGGAUGGAUGGAAGGACGAGUGGCGUGUGUAAGUAUGCAUGUAUGUAUAGUCAGGAGCCGACAAGUGUCAACCAGCCCCACCCUCACCAGGAGUUUUAUAUAUAUAUACCUAGCUAGGGAGUAUUAGUGUGGAGCCCCAAUCCCUGUGGUGGGGCGGGGGAGGACCCGCCCUCACGCCCGGCGCGAGGCGGGAGCUGCGCACAGGAGUGCCUCGAGAAGCCGGGGUUGCGGCGGGCACAGUCACCCUCCUUCACACCCGCCCGUCAAGAAGGUUCAGGAAUGCGUCACCUCAUGUGUUAACGGCCGCGUGCUGAACCCAAGCAUCCUCCAAUCCUCCACUCCCACGAUGCGACCACCAGCGGCCAGGCCCCACGGCGGCUCCUCUCGCAGACUGACUGCGUCGCGGGAGGCUGAGCGGCGCCAGCCUCUACACGACGCAGCCAUAUUGCUGAAAAAAAUAAUAAUAAAUAAGUAAAUAAUCAUGAUAAUGCUAAAAAAAAGUUGGGUUCUCUCGUCAGCCCGGGCCAGGAAGUGGAUGCGUAGACACAUUCUUCAAGUUAAGACGGAGACGAAGAUGGGUGAUAAUGCUCAGUUUGCCCCAAUCAUCCCCCAAAGACAGCACACAGGGUGACUGCGGCUUCCCCCUCCCACCACUGUUUUCUGUUAGCCUCGUAAGGCUUGCUAAUAUCCGGAAUCUACAUUGUUGAUGAUACGCUUAUUAUCGUUGUGUGUUGUGACGACGACCACUCGGCGGCCCCGCACAGACCACUCUCAGGCCGCCAGGCUGGUGCUGCACGCCGAGGACUUGUGGUGUGCUGGUCUGUUCCCGCUGCUGUUUAUAUGUAUACACUUGUUUGUAAAAUCGGAGGCUGACGAAAUAUGAAAUUUAAACAAAAGACAUUUUCCAAGAACUUUUAAGAAAAAAAAAAAAUAUUGCAGAAGCUUAUAAACUUAGCUGAUAAUGUUUAGAAAAGUUAGUAAAAAUAAAUUGUUACAUAACGAUCAUUAUGAUUUCACUCACAACACGAGGGCGGGCUGAGCGCAGCGCCGCCCGGGAGCCGGCCACUCCGGCCUUCUGGCCACCAGGUGUUGCAAUAAGAUGCCGUGAGCCUUGUCACACCACUACUGGAGGGUGAGAAUAGCCUAAUAUGUGGCGUAGAAAGGUGUUUAGUCUGUGUGUGUGUGUGGGUGUUGGUGGGUGGGUGGGUGUAUGUGGGUGUGCGUGCGUGUAUGUAUAUGCGUGUGUGUGCGUGAGUUUGUGUGUUUGAUACAAGCAUUCAGAUUGGAGCUAAAAACUUACUAUUGUAAUGGUAGUUUUUGUGAAUUUUGUAUUAUUUUAAGAUUUUAUUUUGUGGCCUCAAAUGUCAUUUUCAUUGUUGUUGUAAUUCGAUUAUUUUGAACUAGACCAUAACAUUACGCUCACGUCGCCCGUGCAGGCUCUGGCGGCCACACCCCCCUUCGUCAUGAGGGAAUCCUUCGCCUGCUGACAGGCGCUGCCACCACUAUACUAUGGGUUAAUAUACAUGUGUAAUGAUUUAUUUAUUUAUUUAUUAUUUUUUUGCAUGUUAUAAGUAUUUGUACUGGUUACAUUCGUGGUGACGAGAGUUGUGUGACCCGUGCUGCUGUGGUGAUCCGGCAUAGGAAUGUUUGUUUUUUUGUUAAUGUACUGUAAGAUAUCACAUCAAGAUAUAUACCCUAUGUGACUCAAGGAACAAAAAGCCUGCUGGUGCCCCACACACCUCCCGUCGCCCCCUUGACUGCUGCUCUCCACUAUAACUAACGACAUGUCUCAGUGGUUCCCGGCGUGGGUCUCCGCAGUGUUGGGAAGCUCGAGCCGCUCACUCCUGUCUGGCGCUCAUUCACCAUGAGCAAUGUAUAGUGAACACUUUAAGAACUCCAUGCCGUGCUCCUGUGGAACAUGGAAAAUAACUGACCUUCGUGCACAAUUUAAAUACGCACAAGAAAACAACUUUGGGUCAAGUAUAUAUACAUAUAUAUCUUUUUUUAAACUAAUGAAUCGAAUGUACUAUAAUGAUAUUGAUAAUAAUAACGGUUGCAUAGAAAGCCUCGAGCCACACACUGGCUGGAAACUAGUGUGGCUGUGUUCUUUCUGCAACGUAAUAUUUUAUACGAACCUACCUAGUACAAGAUCCAUUUCUUCGAGUAACCGGCUUGUUAAUGUAUCAUCAUAUUUCUACUACCUUCAAUUUCCUUCCAUCAUUUAUUAUAUUGCCGUUAUUUUUAGAUAGAUGCGAGCGACAAGAAGCCAAGCUGGAGUGUGAUAAGCUGUGAUACCAGAGGAGAGAGCGCCCCGCUGCCGGGACCCUCCCGUCGCCACUCUAAGUUAUUUCAUGUUUUAGAUUUAUUGUUGCAUUAGAAUACUGUUGUUGCUCUAUUAAAUAAAUUUAAUGUUUAGUAUAAUUCACUAUGAAUUAGGCUACGAAACUCACUUCCAUUAAAUAAACCAUGUGGCCGUGACGUGUAAAGUGGUGGGCGAGACUAGUAAAGUCAAUCACUAUUAUAA